AACAUGUUAUCCCCCUCCCUUGUCUGGAGACUGAAAUGAAAACACUAUUAGACAUAUUUCACUCAUAUCUUGUCCUUCAAAAAGCCCCGACUAUAUAUCACUCCUCAUCUACUGAUGAUGGAGCUUCCACCAUUUCCACCAACAACAUUACUCUCUCUCUCUCUCUCUCUCUCUCUCUCUCUCUCUCUCUCUCUCACACACACACACACACACACAGCAAGACUCAUAUCUCCGCAACUGCAUGACAUAUUACCUCAUGUCUGCCACUUCAUACUCUGGCAGCAUUCUUCCAAUCUCGGUACAUUUCUUGUUCAAGCACAACUGAAAAUACUCCUUUCGCCUUUUGCCUUUCUAACCUUUAGCACCCGUAGUGAUGCACUAGUUGCAAAAAUCAUAACAAACACGUUCAAAAAACCAUUAUAAAGGUGGCAUCAAAGAAAAAGUUAAUAACAGUUAGACACCUUGCCCCGUCACUAGCCAACAUCGAUGCUUAUAUAUCAGCUCGUCCCAACAACUUAACCCAUCAAAGUUUAAAAGACUCCACCGUAGCCUUUGAGUGAAUUCCAAUUCAAAACCCACAUAAUGUCGCUUCCAUGUACCAAAAACUUCUUGCAACGCUUUUGCGAUGAGUUUGGAGGGGGUAACGAUAGGGCUUUCGGCUCCUUCUCCAGUGAUCACAUCCUCCCUUCCCUUGGAGCCAGAAUCAACCAAGCAACCAAACUCCGAAGAUGCAUUAUCUGCCCGUUCACCCCUCGUUAUAGGGCUUGGGAGAUGUUCUUGAUUGUUCUAGUGGUUUACUCCGCCUGGAUCUGCCCAUUUGAGUUUGCAUUUCUGAAAAACAAGCAAGAUGCCCUUUUCAUAAUUGACAACAUUGUCAAUGGCUUCUUUACCAUCGAUAUUGUUCUCACCUUCUUUGUGGCAUAUCUUGACAGUCAAUCGUAUCUUCUUGUUGAUGACCCCAAGAAAAUUGCAACCAGGUACAUAUCAACCUGGUUUCUUUUUGAUAUCUGUUCAACACUGCCCUUCCAAUCCCUCAGCCUCCUGUUCACAGAUCAUAGUAGUGGAAUUGGCUUUAAAUUACUCAACAUGCUCAGACUUUGGCGUCUCAGACGAGUCAGCUCUUUGUUUGCAAGACUAGAGAAGGACAUCCGCUACAGCUAUUUCUGGAUUCGGUGCACAAAACUCAUAUCUGUUACACUAUUUGCAGUACACUGUGCCGGAUGCUUUAACUACAUGAUUGCAGAUAAAUAUAAAAAUCCAAACAAAACAUGGAUUGGUGCAGUCUACCCAAAUUUCAAAGAAGAGAGCCUUGGGGACAGAUAUGUAGCUUCGAUUUACUGGUCUAUCACAACAUUAACCACUACUGGUUACGGGGACUUGCAUGCUGAGAAUACCAGAGAGAUGUUGUUUACUAGCUUCUACAUGCUAUUCAACUUAGGAUUGACAGCAUACCUCAUUGGAAACAUGACAAACCUCGUCGUUCAUCGGACCAGCCACACGAGAAAUUUUAGGGAUACUAUCCGAGCUGCUUCAGAAUUCACAAGAAGAAAUCAAUUGCCCUCGCGCAUAGAGGAUCAAAUUUUGGCUCAUAUAUGCCUCGAUUUCAAAACAGAAGGACUGAAACAGCAAGAGACCUUGAAUGGCCUACCAAAAGCCAUUCGUUCUAGCAUUGGCCACUUUUUGUUCUUCCAUGUCGUUCAGAAUGUCCACCUUUUCCAGGGUGUUUCUCACGACUUCCUUUUCCAAUUGGUUCCUCAAAUGGAACCAGAGUAUUUCCCGCCCAAGGAAGAUGUGAUCCUUCAGAAUGAGUCACCAACAGAUCUUUACAUAAUUGUCUCAGGAGCAGUGGAUUUCAUUGCAGAGAUUCAUGGGCAAGACCAAUUUCUUGGAAAGGCCAUUGCGGGGGAUAUAUUCGGAGAAAUUGGAGUUCUAUGUAACAGGACACAACCAUUCACAGUUCGAACUGCUGAGAUUUCUCAAAUAUUACGACUGAACAAAACUAUACUGAUGAAACUUAUUCGAGCAAAUACAGAAGAUGGUGAUACCAUUAUGAGCAAUCUUGAAAAGAAAUUGAAAGGGAUGGAAAGCUUUUGCUCCGUGAACCUAUGGAAAGAUCCAAGUUCGAACAUGGGUGAGUGGGUUGAUGAAGCAAUUGAAAGAGAGAGCUUUUCUCAUGAUACAAGUGAAGAGCAUCCGCAUGGAGAUCCAUCAAUGCAAGAUAUGAGCAAUAUAGGCUUCAAUAAUUCAGAUGUUAGUGGGAAAAAAGAAACUGGAGAAGGUCAUACUUUCACCAGAGAAGGAAGGGACAUAAAUUUAUUUGCUGAUUGCAGCCAAACAGCCUUCCAUGUUGCUGCUCGUAAUGUGCAUCUUGAAAUGGUUAGAGCUCUUCAGGAAGGAGGAGCAAAUGUAAACAAUCCAGAUGCCAGCGGGUGGACCCCAAAAGCUCUAGAUGAACAGCAGGGAAACAAAAACAAAAAAGACCUUAUACUGAGUUAUGGAACGAGACGGAUGAUAGAUGAAUACAAAACCAACAUUUUCAGACCAGAAACAGCACAGAACACUAGGAAUGGUCAGUUCAAGCCUUCAAGAAUCAAUGGUCAUUCUAGGGCUCAGGCUGAGAAUCAUAUUAUCAAACUCCCUAAGAGAGUCACCAUUCACAUGAAAUCCCACAAGAAGAUUUCCUCACAAAAGCAACUUGGGAAGCUAAUAAUCCUACCUGAUUCCUUAGAAGAGCUAUUGAGGAUCGCCGGUGAAAAAUUUGGAGACCACAGUCUAACAAAAGUGGUAAACGCAGAGAAUGCUGAAAUAGAUGACCUAAGUGUUGUCCGAGAUGGGGACACUUUGUUUCUCCUUCAAGUUGAUUCUGAAAGUUCAGAGUGUAAUUAAACUAAUUAUUGAAAAGCGAUAUUGAAUAAAUGGAAAAGCUUCUAGCUUCAAGGAUACUGUGUUACAAUGAGAGUAAUAACAAAACAACAGGGUAUAUAAGUCAAAUGAAUUGUCUGUCCAAA